UGUGUAGCCCAAACAGAACACUGAUGAUCUCUGAAGAAAUGGUUUUAUAUGAGAGCAAGCAUUUUUCUAUCAAGGUAACAAUGUUUAUAUACUCAGAUCUGAUGUUGGUGACCAGAGAGGAUGAACUGGGACGAUGUAACGUCCUGCAAAACCCAUUGUACCUUAGACAGCUGCAGCUGCGGGAUGAUCACAGUGAAGAUCUGCGAUUUUACUUGAUCCACAUGACUGAGCAGAAGUGUGAUUGUCUUCUGAGUCUGGAAGCAAAUUCCCUGGAGCAAAAAUUAAGAGUGUUACAUCAGUAA